GUCUAAACUUUAAGCUCUCUUUUUAAGAACAUCGCCCUCGAGUGGGCAUUGCUGUUGUUUCACUAUAACAACUUAAACCUGCGGAAACAAUUUUUUACUGAAGCAAUUCAAUUUUCCCGCGGUUUCUCGUUUGUUGAGUAGAGGAGGAAGAUAAGAGAGAGAUGGCGAUAUUGGUGGCGAAUUUGUCUUCGUCAAGCUUCUGUUUCUUUUCCUCACAUCACCGGUUCCAAACCCAGAAAGAGAUAUUAGUAAGCGACGUUAGAGUUAGAAAAAAUGUGAUUUUCAAUAGAGCCUCGUUGAGAACGGAUUCGAUUUCGACGUUUGAUCGAAGCGCAACGGAUGCGAACACUCGAUUACGUAGAUUCUGCGAAUCAGGGAACCUAGAGAGCGCUGUGAAGCUUCUCCGCGUAUCUGGAAAAUGGGAUAUUGAUCCGAGAACUCUAUGCUCUGUUCUUCAACUCUGUUCCGAUUCGAGAUGUUUGAAUUAUGGUAAAGAAGUUGAUUCCUUUAUCCGUGGCAAUGGGUUUGUGAUAGAUUCGAGUUUAGGAUCGAAACUAGCUCUCAUGUACACAAACUGCGGAGAUUUGAAAGAAGCGAGUCGGGUUUUCGAUCAGGUUAAGAUCGAGAAAGCUCUGUUCUGGAAUAUUUUGAUGAAUGAGCUCGCAAAGUCUGGUGAUUUCAGUGGCAGUAUUGGAUUGUUUAAGAAGAUGAUGAGUUCGGGUGUUGAAAUGGAUAGCUAUACUUUUUCUUGUAUUUCAAAGAGCUUUUCGUCUUUGCGAAGUGUUAAUGGAGGAGAGCAGCUUCUUGGUUAUAUUCUGAAAUCAGGUUUUGGUGAUCGGAACUCUGUUGGGAAUUCUCUUGUGGCGUUUUAUUUGAAGAACCAGAGAGUUGAUAGUGCACGUAUGGUGUUUGAUGAAAUGACUGAGAGAGAUGUUAUAUCUUGGAAUUCGAUUAUUAAUGGGUAUGUAUCUAACGGGUUAGCUGAACAAGGGCUGUCUGUUUUCGUGAAGAUGUUGGUUUCAGGAGUAGAGAUUGAUUUGGCUACUAUAGUUAGCGUUUUCGCAGGGUGUGCUGAUUCUAGUUUGAUCUCAUUAGGUAGAGCUGUCCAUAGUUUUGGAUUGAAAGCUUGUUUCAGUAGAGAAGAUAGGUUUUGUAAUACGUUGCUUGAUAUGUAUUCGAAGUGUGGUGAUCUUGACUCUGCUAAAGCUGUGUUUACGGAGAUGAGUGAUCGAAGUGUUGUGUCAUAUACUUCCAUGAUUGCUGGUUAUGCUAGGGAAGGUUUGGCUGGUGAAGCUGUGAAGUUAUUUGAACAAAUGGAGGAAGAAGGUAUUAGUCCUGAUGUUUAUACAAUCACUGCGGUUUUGAACUGUUGUUCACGUAAUCGGUUAUUAGAUGAAGGUAAGCGAGUCCAUGAGUGGAUAAAGGAGAAUGAUAUGGGAUUUGAUAUCUUUGUAUCGAAUGCUCUGAUGGAUAUGUAUUCGAAAUGUGGAAGCAUGCGAGAGGCAGAGCUAGUGUUCUCUGAGAUGCGUGUGAAAGAUAUUAUUUCGUGGAAUACAGUUAUUGGUGGGUACUCAAAGAACUGUUACGCUAAUGAAGCUCUAAGUCUGUUUAAUUUGCUGUUGGAAGAGAAGCGAUUUAGUCCUGAUGAGAGAACAGUGGCGUGUGUUCUUCCAGCUUGUGCAAGUCUUUCUGCUUUUGAUAAAGGCAGAGAGAUCCACGGUUACAUUAUGAGAAACGGGUAUUUCUCAGAUAGGCAUGUUGCUAAUUCGCUUGUAGACAUGUACGCGAAAUGUGGAGCGUUGUUACUCGCACGUAUGCUCUUUGAUGACAUUGCUUCCAAGGAUCUUGUUUCUUGGACAGUGAUGAUAGCUGGAUAUGGGAUGCACGGGUUUGGAAAAGAAGCGAUAGCUCUUUUCAAUCAAAUGAGACAAGCGGGUAUUGAGCCUGACGAAAUAUCCUUUGUAUCUUUGUUGUAUGCUUGUAGCCAUUCAGGACUAGUGGAUGAAGGAUGGAGAUUCUUUAACAUCAUGAGACAUGAAUGCAAGAUCGAGCCAACGGUAGAACAUUAUGCCUGUAUAGUCGACAUGCUUGCAAGAACCGGAAACUUGUCAAAAGCCUAUAGGUUCAUCGAGAACAUGCCAAUUCCGCCAGAUGCUACAAUCUGGGGAGCGUUGCUGUGUGGCUGCAGGAUACAUCAUGAUGUUAAGCUAGCUGAGAGAGUCUCAGAGAAAGUUUUUGAGCUUGAACCAGAGAACACAGGAUAUUAUGUACUCAUGGCGAGCAUCUACGCGGAAGCUGAGAAAUGGGAAGAAGUAAAAAGGCUAAGAAGGAGGAUAGGGCAACGCGGAUUGAGGAAGAAUCCGGGAUGUAAGACGAUCUUGUGCAUGUUUCCGAGGAUGACGAAGAGGCCAGAGGUUGAGACAGGAACAGAGGAGACAGUGAGGUCAGUGAGGUUAACGAGACGAGCUAGGAAGACUCCGGAGAGACCAUUGCGGCGGCGGAGGAAGGACGAGACGGCGGUGAAGGAGUGUAGUGAGCCAGGGAGACGUGGAGGAGGUGAGAGAGAUGGGCAGUUGAGGAAAGAGAGAGAUGUGAGAGAUGGGGAGAGAGCUCUGAGAGCUGUGGUGGAGAUAGAGAGAUCGGCGGAGCAAUUCGUGAAGGAGAUUGAAGUGACGAGGCGAAAUGGUGAGCUGGCGUCGCAGAUUACGACGGAGGUGGGUUUGGUGGUUGGAUGGUGGCUGCAGGGAUCUUUGGCGGUGGGGAUGUUUAGAGAUUCGAGGGCUUUGAGUUGUUUUGGGUCUAAUGGGGCAGAGGAGGAAGAGGGUUUUUUGAGAGGUGGAAUGGGAGCUGUGGUUGGAGCAGGAGUUGGAGAGAGGGAAGGAGCGGCGGUGAUAGUGGCUGAGAGGUGGAGGAGGAGGAUGAGUAACGGUAAUGACGGAGGUUUCAUUGUGGAAGAAUGA